AAUCCUGUAUGAAUGUGGAAGCCAUUAGCAGAGUAAUUGCUGUCUGUUACCAUGACAACCAGCCGCUGCAGUCACCUGCCCGAAGUCUUACCAGACUGCACCAGCUCAGCCACUCCUGUGGUAAAGACUGUGGAGGACUGUAGCAGCCUUGUGAAUGGACAGCCGCAGUAUGUCAUGCAAGUUUCGGCCAAGGACGGACAGCUGCUAUCAACAGUAGUACGGACUCUUGCCACUCAGAGUCCUUUCAAUGACCGACCAAUGUGCAGGAUAUGCCACGAAGGCAGCAGUCAGGAAGACCUACUUUCUCCUUGUGAAUGUACAGGAACCUUGGGGACUAUUCAUCGUAGCUGCCUGGAACACUGGCUCUCAUCUUCAAAUACCACUUACUGUGAACUCUGCCACUUCAGGUUUGCAGUAGAGCGCAAACCAAGGCCAUUGGUUGAGUGGCUAAGAAAUCCUGGCCCCCAGCAUGAGAAACGGACUUUGUUUGGGGACAUGGUGUGCUUCUUGUUUAUAACUCCAUUGGCUACUAUCUCUGGCUGGUUGUGUCUGCGGGGAGCAGUGGACCAUCUGCACUUUAGUAGUAGGCUAGAAGCUGUUGGGCUCAUUGCACUCACUGUCGCACUCUUCACAAUUUACCUCUUUUGGACACUAGUAUCCUUUAGGUACCACUGUAGAUUAUACAAUGAAUGGCGUCGGACCAAUCAAAGAGUUAUCCUUCUCAUCCCAAAGUCUGUCAGCAUCCCUUCUAACCAGCAGUCCUUGCUGGGCCUGCAUUCCAUCAAAAGGAACUCAAAAGAGACAAUUGUCUAAUUGGGAUCAUCCUGUACAGAGGCCACGAACUACAUGUGGGAUCUGAUUCCAUCCCACACCAGUAGCAUCAUAGUUGGAAAGACACUUUUUGUAGAAGAGAAGAUAUGACUCUUGCAAUUUAAAUCAUGGAUGCUGCAAUCAUAUGAUAUUUGCUAAGCUGCCAAACAUGUCUAAAAUUUAGCAGAUACUGUAUGGAAUCUUCCAAUACCAUGUCAAUAGCUGCAUCACUAGGGAUGCAUCCCUUUUUUAAUUGUGAUUAAAAACUAUGAUGGCAAACAA